GUUGUCAGUAGAGACGCCGCUCUCGCCCCCGUCCCGCUGCUGCUGCCUCUCUCAGGUAGGGCCUCUGAGCGAAGAUGGCGACGGACAAACAGAAACAUGAAGGCAGGGUGAAAAUCGGACAUUAUAUUCUCGGAGACACACUAGGAGUGGGAACGUUUGGAAAAGUCAAAGUGGGCCAGCAUGAGUUGACCAAGCACCAGGUGGCGGUAAAGAUUCUGAACCGGCAGAAGAUCCGCAGUCUGGAUGUUGUGGGUAAGAUUCGACGCGAGAUCCAGAACCUCAAACUCUUCCGUCACCCACAUAUAAUCAAACUUUACCAAGUCAUCAGCACACCAACAGACAUCUUCAUGGUAAUGGAAUAUGUGUCAGGAGGAGAACUCUUUGACUACAUCUGUAAAAAUGGAAAGUUGGACGAGAAGGAGAGCAGGCGUCUGUUCCAGCAGAUCAUCUCAGGGGUGGAUUACUGCCACAGACACAUGGUGGUGCACAGAGACCUCAAGCCUGAGAACGUCCUGCUGGAUGCACACAUGAAUGCCAAAAUUGCAGACUUUGGCUUGUCAAACAUGAUGUCGGAUGGAGAAUUCUUAAGAACGAGUUGUGGUUCUCCUAAUUAUGCUGCUCCGGAAGUCAUCUCUGGAAGAUUAUACGCAGGGCCUGAGGUGGACAUCUGGAGCAGUGGCGUGAUUUUGUAUGCUCUGCUAUGCGGAACGCUGCCGUUUGACGACGACCACGUGCCAACACUGUUCAAGAAGAUCUGCGAUGGGAUCUUCUUCACUCCUCAGUACCUGAACCCCUCUGUUAUUAGCCUUCUGAAACACAUGCUCCUGGUGGACCCCAUGAAGAGAGCCACCAUUAAAGAGAUUCGGGAGGAUGAGUGGUUUAAACAAGAUCUCCCCAAGUAUCUGUUCCCAGAGGACGCUGCAUAUAGCAGUAAUAUGAUUGAUGAGGAGGCGCUGAAGGAGGUGUGUGAGAAGUUUGAGUGCACUGAGGAGGAGGUGCUCAACUGCUUGUACAGUCACAAUCACCAGGAUCCUCUUGCUGUGGCCUAUCACUUGAUCAUAGACAACCGCCGCAUUAUGAGUGAGGCCAAAGAUUUCUAUUUGGCCACCAGCCCCCCGGACAGCUUCCUAGAUGACCUGCCUGCACACCACUCUGCAAAGAUUCACCCUGAGAGAGUGCCGUUCCUGGUGGCUGAGUCUCAGCCACGUCCUCGACACACGCUGGAUGAGCUUAACCCCCAAAAGUCCAAGCAUCUCGGUGUCCGGCGGGCCAAGUGGCACCUGGGAAUCCGUAGCCAGAGCAGACCGAAUGAUAUCAUGAGUGAGGUCUGUCGUGCUAUGAAGCAGUUGGACUAUGAGUGGAAGGUAGUUAAUCCUUAUUACUUGCGAGUGCGGAGGAAAAACCCAGUCACUGGAGUACAUACAAAGAUGAGCCUCCAGCUCUACCAGGUGGACAGCAGAACCUAUUUACUAGACUUCAGGAGCAUAGACGAUGACAUGAUAGAAGUAAAAUCAGGGACCGCCACACCUCACCGCUCCGGCUCAGUUGGUAACUACCGGACUACCCUAAAGAACGAUAGGAACGAGAAAAACGAAUGUGAGGAUGCAGCAAAGGGUGACACGUCCGCACCCUCCACGCCUCCAAUAUCCGGAGGGAGAGCGGCGGAAGGCUCUCUGGCUUCUUCUCUUACCUCCUCAGUGGACUCCACAGGGGGAGAGAUCCUCCCCCGCCCAGGAAGUCACACCAUAGAGUUCUUUGAGAUUGUCUUUAGAGCAAUAAGCAUGCGGACGGACUCAAGACUCCAUGCAUCCCACUCGCAUGAACAAGCUGAAUGGUCUGUGGCACUACCAGGAUGAGCCUGUUUAAGAGGACUGAGAAAAGGUACAAGAAGGAAAAGGAUGGAGGUUUUGUGUCUGUGUGCCACAGUUAAGAUAUCAGAAAGAUUGCUAAGCCACUUAAUAGUAUCUAAACUCUUUUAGAUAUGGCUUUACAAUUCUUUUCUGGGUUUUAUGGCAAGGAUUUCCUUGCAGAGAGUGAGGCGUAGAGGUGCAUUUAAAUGAGUUAUACACUGAGCUAGCUGUAUUGUACACAAUGCUGUUGCGAUUCUUGGCGGACCAAGAAAGAAAGAAAGAAAGAGCCCUUAUGAGGCAUGUGGGACGACAAGUAAGAUAGAAAGCGCUUUUGCACAGUUUUACCUGUAAGUUUUUGUGGGCCAGUGUCAGAACUGGUUAUCCCAUUGAAGCGGCCUACUGGGAAGAGCACUCGAUUAGGAGGAGCCAUCUUAAAAAGCAGGGCCAAUUUAAUAUGGUGGGCACUUUAACACAAAGGGACAACUUGAUACGUCAGCCUUUCUUAAGGAAGAGACCAAUAUGAAACCCGUUUAUCCUGAGGGAGUGCAAUGUCCUUGCCUCUGUUUCAUAGAUUUUUGUUUGUUUGUUUGUCACACCUUAGUCUUUUUUUUUCUAUUUGCUCACAUUUUACAUAAAUUUAAGUAUACAGAAUUUAAACAUGCAUUUGGAUUUAUAUUUAUCAGUGCUUUAAAUGGGGUUGUAGAUUGUAUUAAAAUUGUGAUACUGGACUAAAUUUUUUUUAAAGAAAUGUUUGAUUAUAUUGCUGUAAGAUGUUGUAUUCCAUACACUGCUU